GCGGGUGUGAAUGGCUUGUUGAUGUCCGUGUUUUUUUAAGUUUCACCCGCGUAUUUUAGAGUUUCUGUCAUUUUAAAAUAAAUUUUGCGCAUUCGGAAAGCUUUCGGUCUUUCGCUACCAACCAUGUCUUUCUCUAGAGCGCCAUUAAAAAGAUUCAACGAGCAUAUUGGUUGUGCUCCACCACCUGGUAGCUAUGAGGUAAUAUCUGGUGAGCUGAAAGGAGCUGCAUCAUUUCUCAAAGCCGAGCGCUUUAAACAAGCUUCCAAAAAGAUACCUCCACCAUCACCAUCAAAUGAAAUGCUAAUGUCUCCAGUACGAAGGACCAUGUCUGUUGAUGGCUUGGUUGAUGGAUUCCAAAGUUCCAAAAAGGAUAAAAUAAGUUUCUCACUUGAGAUGAAACAUCGGAUGCUACUAGAGAAAGAGAUCCGUUCCUUGGUGCAGCAGAGAGGAGAGCAGGACCGAAGGCUGCUGACCUUUGAGGAAGAGAUAAAGAAGUUCGAGUCCAAACUGCUGGUGGCUAUCAGGGAGAAGACCGGUCUGGCUGCCAAUGUGGCUUCUCUCGAGAGGCAGCUUGCAGAGCUAAAGAAAGCUAAUGAGUUCCUGAAGACCAAGGUCUCUGCCGAUAGUACUAAAAAGAAGAUUAAUGCUCUUACUAUGGAGCUCAUUGAGGCCAAAAACAAACUGGAUGCUAAAGACAAGGAGCUGAGCUUCCUGCAGAUCAGCUCAGAGGGUAAAGUAAAGGUCUUGGAAACCGAUCUGGAAGCUGCCAAAACAACUUUUAAAGUUCUACAGGAAAGAAACAAGGAUCUCGAGGAUCUUCAUCAAGAGACAAAAUCCCAAAAUGAGCAAAUUGAAAAUGAAAUGGACAAAUUGCAUACCAUAAUCCAGGAGCUGAGGGAGGAGAUCAAGGUCCUGCAGGGUUACCUAGACUCGGCAAAUGAAGAGAUUCAGGAUUUGCGGAUUAAGCUGCAGGACAAAUCCACCGCUGAGCGCUGCGUCUCUGAUCCUCAAGAGAACCUCAGCGAUGUGAAGCAGAGGCUGGAGAAAUGUACCGGUGAGCUGGAGGUGAAGGAGGAGGAGCUACAGAGGUGUCAGCAGGAGCUGCUGGGCUCACAGAAGGCUCUUGAGAAGAAGGAGAGAGAGAUGGAGGAGCACGUGAAGGAGCUGCAGGCGUCUCGGGUCACGCUGAAAGAUCUGGAGGAGCAGAUGCAGCAGGGAGCUCAGGAUCUCGAGGAGUCUCGCAGUAUGGUGAGGCAGCAAGAACAGGAGCUGGCCCGCGUGAAGGAGGUCCUGAGGAGGACAGAGGAGGAGCUGGAUCAGCGUGUGGCGCUCAUGAGCGAGCGAUGCUUGGUGCUGGAGGAAGAAAGAGCCCGGACACAGGAGGAGGGUCUGAGAAGAGUACAGGAGUUGAAGGCAGAUAUGAGCUCAUUGGAGGAGAGCAGGAAGACUGAGAUGGAGGCACAUGAAAAGCUCAAGGAGGAACAUUCUGCAUUAACCAAACAACUGGAAGAUGAGAAGGCACACAGCAGCUCCCUGGCCAGCAUGCUAGAGCAUCUAAAAGAUCAGACCGAGACUGAGAGGAGACAGCUGGGCGAGGAGCUGGAGGAUGCGCUCGAGGAGCUCUCGGAGCUGGAGAAACACGAACAGCACAGCGAGGAGGUCAUCCAGGGCCUCACACAGAAAAAACAGACACUGGAGCGGGACCUGAAGAAUACCAGUACUGAGUUGGAGAGGAAGUGUGCUGAGAUGCAGGCUUUAGAAGAGGCUCAUGUGAUGGCAAUGAAGAAACUAGAAGAAGAUCACCGCAUCUGUCUUGCUAAGCUUGGAGGCAUGGCCACUGACCUCGAGAGCACAAGACAAUCUUUGGGUAAACAGAAGGACCAAGCUGAGGCUCAAGUCCUUCACCUGGAGAAAGAGAUGAUGGAACUCAAGCAGCAGUUGCAGGACGAACAGCAGAAACUCAUAAACUUCCACCAAAUGCAGAAUAAACAGCAAGAGGAGUAUACUAGGAUGCUUUUAGAGGUUCAAACUAAACUGGCUCAGAGAGAGGAUGAGUCGAGACGAGCAGCAGUGGCCCAGCAUGAAGAGCUGAGUCGCCUGCAGGCGGAGGUGGAGCAGGAGAGCGGAGACCGACAGCAGGCUCAGGACCAACUGGAGAGAGAGAUGAAUAGGAGAGAGUCGAUGGAGGGCCGUUCGGCAGAAGCCAGCAGACUGCAGGGCCGCGUUGAGGAGCUCACAGAGGAGUUUACCGAGCUGCACAGGCAGGUGCAGGAGGAAAGAGCCAAAGCUCAACGUCAUGCCGAGGAAUGGCAGCAGGAGAGACAGCAGCUAUUCAGACAGGUGGAGGAGGAGAGAGAGAACUUGCACAGAGAGCUGGCAGAAGCAGAGAUGCAGAGCAAGUGUAAUGCGGAGACUGAACACUGGAGAAACUUGUACGAGGAGCUCUAUGCUAAAGUGAAACCGUUUCAGGAACAGCUGGACAAGUUCGCAGCAGAGAGGAAUGCCUUACUCAAUGAGAAAGGUGCCACCCAGGCGGAGUUGAACAAGUUAGCCGACGCCUACGCCAAUCUGAUGGGCCAUCAAAACCAGCGCCAGAAGAUCAGGCACAUGGUCAAGCUCAAAGAGGAGAACUUAGAGCUCAAACAAGAAGUUUCCAAGCUAAGGGCACAGGUUGGGAAGCAGAAGCAUGAGUUUGAUCAGCUCAAGUCCACACAGCCGUCUUGUAGAUUUGACCCUAGCAAGGCUUUUAAACAUGAGCAGAAAGAAAACCAGCAGCCCACCUCAGCUCUUACACCGGGCAUCAGAAAAUUGUAUUAAACAUCGCUUUGUAGACUACUUCUCUGGAGUGACCCUGGUCUGUAUGUUUUAACAUUUACCACAGUGACAGUGGGUAAAAUACUCAAGUGUGUUUGCGGGUCUUAUUUAUGUAUGUGUGUGUUGAUGUAAUGCUUAUGUGUGUAUCACGCUUUCCCUUAUUUGUCUGUUGGACUAGGAUUCACUAAAAUUUUGUUAUCUAAUUUUGUUCAACACUGGGUAUGUUAUUAUCUUAAAUGUUCUUCAAAAGGUUUAAAGUUGACACUCUUUUUUUUAAAGACACAAAGAGUGCAGAACUUGUUUAAUAUGUUUAGUUUAACUUUGAUGUGUACUUGUUUGUCUUUUUGUCACGUGAGAAUCUGAUUUUGUGACUUUAGAGUCAAUUUUAUUAUUUUUAGUUUUUAUGUCUGUACUGAUCUUCAAAACUAUAAUCCUCCUGAAAUUUUAAACUUGUAAAAAUUCAGUCAAGCCUUUUUGAAAUAAAACGCUA